UAACUCAACCGCAGUUCAACGCUACACAUCUAUUCGCAAAUAAUUUUCAUCAGAAACUCAACAUGAAGUUCCUCGUCGUUCUAUCCGCUGUCCUGGCCGUGGCCCUCGCCCGCCCCGAUUCAUACAAGACCGACCACGAUGGCCUGGAUAUCGAGGGCAUCGUGAACAACCCCGAGGCCCUCGCCAAGGUCACGGCCUGCUUCCUCGAGAAGGCACCCUGCACCCCCAUCGCUGCUGAAUUCAAGAGCGUUUUGCCCGACGCGACCGAGACCGCUUGCAGCAAGUGUACCGCCGCCCAGAAGCACAUGCUGAAGCUGUACCUGCUGAAGGUCCGCGAGACCGCGCCCGACGACCUGAAGGCCCUCAAGACGAAGUACGACCCUGACUCCAAGCAUAUCGACGCUCUGAUCGCCGCCAUCAAGGACGCGAAUCCCAAGAUGAAGGUCCUCGUGUUGUCUGCUGUACUAGCCAUCGCUUUGGCAGCUCCUUACAGCACCGACAAUGAUGACCUGGACGUGGAAGCUAUCGUGUGUAACCCGGAGACCCUUUCGAAGGUCACUCAAUGCUUCCUGGACAAGGGACCCUGCUCUGAAGUUGCUGCUCAAUUCAAAAGCGUGUUGCCCGACGCUACUGCAACAGCGUGCAGCAAAUGCACCCCAGCUCAGAAGCACAUGCUGAAGCGUUACCUGCAGCAGGUCAAGGAGACCUCCCCUGAUGACCUUCAGGCCCUAAGAGAGAAGUACGACCCUGACUCCCAACACAUUGACGCUUUGUUAUUCUGUCAACUGAUCCUCAACAGGCAAAGAAGACUCUAUUUGCUAAACCCAAAGAUGAAGGUCAUCUUCUGUGCUGUGCUGGCUGCGAUGGCGCCCCUAGUGCUAUGCUACGAUGAAAUCUACGAUAAAAUAGAUGUCGAUAAGAUCAUAAACGAUGACGCCCUCUUCACUAGCUACCUUAACUGCUUGCUGGACAAAGGGCCCUGUGAUCAGGAGCAUUCUCCCGAGUUUAGAAAACUGCUACCUGAAGUGAUAGCCACAGCAUGCGCCAAGUGCACUCCAAUCCAAAGGCAGCACGUCCGAAAGACCGUGAAAGCAAUCACAGAUAAGAAGCCUGAAGAAUUCAAGGAGUUCAUAUCUAAGUACGACCCCGACCACACCCAUGAAAAGGCUUUCACUGCCUUCGUUCUCGCUACCGAUUAA